GGGCCGCCCAGCCAUGUUGAGGAGUCUGUCAUGCAAACUGCUGCCCGCCAUUGUGUAGAAACCAGGCUCUGUAGAGAUAAGGGCGCUUGGCUGAAACUCUGCAAUAGCUAGGUUAAUUUCUACGCCCUGCCGCUUUUAUUUAGGAGCAAAAACAGUUACAAAGACUCCGGGGGGGAAAGACAUGUCAGCCAGCAGCCUCCUUGAACAGAGACCGAAAGGCCAAGCUAACAAAGUGCAAAACGGAGCCGUGACCCAAAAGGAUACUUUGAAUGACGAUGAGUUUGAGCCUUACCUGAAUACUCAGGCCAGACAGAGCAAUGCCUAUACGGCCAUGUCAGACUCGUACAUGCCCAGCUACUACAGCCCCUCCAUAGGAUUCUCCUACUCUCUCAACGAGGCAGCAUGGUCCACAGGUGGGGACCCUCCAAUGCCUUACCUGGCCUCCUAUGGACAGCUGAGCAAUGGGGAACCCCACUACCUCCCGGACGCUAUGUUUGGACAGCCAGGCCCCCUGGGGAGCAACCCAUUCCUAAGCCAGCAUGGCUUCAACUUUUUCCCCAGUGGCAUCGAUUUCUCCGCGUGGGGUAAUAGCAGCUCUCAGGGACAGUCUGGGACACCGCAGAGCUCUGGCUACAGCAGCAGCUAUGCUUAUGCUCCCAGCUCUCUUGGGGGGGCCAUGAUUGAUGGACAGUCCCCAUUUGCACCUGCUGCCAAUGAACCCCUUAACAAGGCACCUGGUAUGAACAGCCUUGAUCAGGGCAUGGCAGGGCUUAAGAUUGGUGGAGCAGCUCCUGGUGGUAAUGGGGAAAUGGCUCCUAAGGUGGUUGGCUCUGGUUUACCUGGUGGGGGCCCUCUUGGCCCCGUGUCAUCUGUUGGACCUCCCAAUAUACCUCCUGUCUCGAUUGCCCCUGCCAAGCCUGCUUCCUGGGCCGACAUUGCCAGCAAACCAGCCAAGCCUCAACCCAAACUAAAAACCAAGGGUGGCAUGGUGGGUGCCAAUUUGCCUCCUCCGCCCAUUAAACACAAUAUGGACAUUGGCACUUGGGACAACAAGGGCACCAUGCCCAAAGCUGCCACUCCUCAGCAGGUGCCUCCCAUUCCCAGUAACGGUCAGCCCCCCAAUCAGGCUUCGCCGCAGCCUGGAGCUACAGCAACAGGGAACCCACAAAUGCCCCUGAGCAAUGGACAGCUGGUUCCACCCGUUUCCCAACUGGGGCAGCAUCAGCUUCUACCUACUGGUCAACCAGGUUUGGCUCAGAUGCCCCAGCCUGCUCUCUCCCAGGGUCCUCCACCACAAAGCCAACAACAGCAACCCUCUCAGCCUACUCGCUGGGUCCCUCCUCGAAACCGGGCCAAUGGAUUUGGAGAUGCUAGUGGGAAUGGGACAGGCCAGUCACCUCCCACUUCUUCAAAUGUAGGAGUGGUUCCUGGAGUCCCUUCAGAGCCUCACCCAGUUCUAGAAAAGCUGCGCAUGGUUAACAACUAUAACCCAAAGGACUUUGACUGGAAUCUCAAGCAGGGCAGGGUGUUUAUCAUCAAGAGCUACUCCGAGGAUGACAUCCACCGCUCCAUCAAAUAUAACAUUUGGUGCAGCACGGAGCACGGCAACAAAAGGUUGGAUGCUGCUUACCGCUCACUGAGUGGCAAAGGGCCUCUGUAUCUUCUGUUCAGUGUCAAUGGGAGCGGUCACUUCUGUGGUGUAGCAGAGAUGCGCUCACCCGUGGACUACAACACGUCUGCCGGCGUGUGGUCACAGGACAAGUGGAAGGGGCGUUUUGACGUACGUUGGGUCUUUGUAAAAGACGUUCCUAACAGUCAGCUGAGGCACAUUCGACUGGAAAACAACGAAAACAAACCAGUGACCAACUCCCGGGAUACACAGGAGGUGCCGCUGGACAAGGCCAGGCAGGUGUUAAAGAUCAUCGCUGGAUAUAAACACACCACUUCCAUCUUUGAUGACUUUUCUCACUAUGAGAAGCGUCAGGAGGAAGAAGAGUGUGUAAAAAAGGUGGAGGUCCAAGGCAGUGAGCCAUAUCCCAGCAACCCAAGCAACAGGAGUCAUUACAGGAUUCAGGAGCGCCAAGGACGAGUCAAGUAACAGUUGGUGCUUUGCUCAAGUGACUGCAGUGGCCCCCUCUAGAGCCCCGUCUGCCCCAAUACGUCAUCACAUUCAGAUCUCUAAGAAAUUCUAGUAGGGGUGAAGACUUAAACACGAGGACAAAAAUACAAAAAAAGAGAAAACUAAAUGAAGACAUUAAUUUCUUGACUUUAAAGACUUACUUCGAACUUGUAGUAAAAGGAAACGAUUAUUCAUAGGACUACAACUAAAUGCAUAGCACCCCUAGGGGAAAUCCUUUUUUGCCGUACCCCAUUCCACUACAAAUGCUUCUUCCUUUGUAUGCUACAAUGUCCUGUUUUUUCCCCCUUUUUUGAAAUGAAAAGAUCACCAUCCUCUUUAUUUUUUUAAGGUCCAAGAGCAUGUCUGUCAUUCUUGCACAAACACAAAUCCAAUAGAAAUUUGUAGUGUUGGUAAUAAUAUCCCAAAGUGAAGGAUGGGCAGUUUCUCGUUUUCUUAGUAACCUUCCCCACCUUUACCUCCCCCUUCAAAGGAUGUUCAUAUCUUUUGUCAGGACCCAGUGGAGCCUCCUCAACAGUGGAUUUUCAGCGUAGGCUGGUGCCAAUCGUACACCCGAGAUUUUUUUUUUUUUUUGUACAUGUUGUGUUUUUAUUUGCAAGAACUCCAGAUGUUCUUGAAGGGCCUCUGCUUUUUUGUUUUCCUGUGUUGGUUGGGGUGUUGGGUUUGAGACGGGACUAGGAAGAUCUAAAGACAAACAUUGAAGAACAAGAUAAUUUGUUUGUAUUCAGAGGGAAAGUUAAGUUGAUGGUCUUUUCAUACUGUAUAAUUUAAAGGUCUAAGAAAAUGUCGGGCCCUCUGUUACUAGUCUUGAUUGGACUUAUUUCCUCAUCUUUUUAUUUCUCAUUCAAAUCAAUGUUGCAAUGGGCUGCUGUUUUUCUUUCCUCAUUUUAUUCAUUCUUUAAGACUGAUGUGAGUGGCCUUGCUCCACUCUUUCUAAUAAUCAGUUCAAAAGUAAUAAAUGUAUAUUCAGCAGAAUGGUGUGCAUUCCUUAUGUCUGACCGUGGAAAGUGCUUUUAUUCUUGUAUUUUCCACAUGUACCAGUAUGUUGUUUUUCAUCUUUACAACCAGCCUGCAAUCAUUCAAGACUUUGUUUUAUACUUCUAUGCCAUCUUUCUUACUUUCAGCUUUUGUCGUUCCCGAUUCUCAUCUCUGCUCAGACACUUUCAUAAUAUAGUCACAACUGAAGGAAACCCUCCUCUGUGUCAUUGUCGGCUUAUUAAACGAAACAGAAACGUCCUCUUUAAGAACUACUGGCUUUUAUUUGUGGCAUAAUAAAGAUGCUCCACAAAGUCAA